CUGAUGGAAAACUGCACCUACAACAGCUUCACUCUCCGGCUGGAGGGGCUGAACGUCUCAGAGGACUCUGUCCACCCUCUCUUUCUCUUCUUCUUUUUCUCCUACAUUAUCAUAAUGCUUAUCAACGCAGGCAUUGCUGUUCUGGUUUUUAUUGACAAAAACCUCCAUCAGCCCAUGUAUCUCCUCUUCUGCAACCUGCCGGUCAAUGACAUAGUCGGAAACUCGAUCAUGGUUCCUCGUCUGCUGAUUGACAUGUUGAGGCCUCCCUCCGAGCGCCUCAUCAGUUAUUACGAAUGUUUGGUCCAAGCUUUUAGCACGCACAUGUUCGGCACCACGUCCCACACCGUGCUCAUGAUUAUGGCGUUUGACAGAUACGUGGCCAUCUGUGACCCGCUGCGUUACCCUUCAAUAAUGACCAACAAGACGCUCAUCAAGCUGACGGCGUCCGCCUGGGGAGUGGCGUUUGUUUGUGUCGGGAUUCUGCUGGGUUUGACCAUACGGCUGAACCGGUGCAGGACUCUGAUCACAAACCCUUUCUGUGACAACGCCUCGCUGUUUAAACUGUCCAAUGAGAGUGCGUUUAUUAAUAAUGUUUACGGCCUCACCUUCACCGUCGUCCUGUUCACAGCUUCUAUCGGCUCGAUGGUCCUCACCUACACUAAGAUCACAGUCGUCUGUCUCACCAGUAAGAACAAGUCUUUGAACAGCAAAGCUCUGAAGACCUGCAGCACUCACCUGGUUGUGUAUCUGAUUAUGCUCAUCAGUGGAUUUAUUGUCAUUAUUCUGCAUCGCUUCCCUCAGUACUCAGACUACAGGAAACUUUGUGCCAUCCUGUUUCAUAUCAUCCCUGGAAGCCUAAACCCCAUCAUCUAUGGCGUGCAGUCUGCAGAAAUCUGCAAAUCCUUGUCAAAAUUAUUCCGAUCCAAACCAGUUCUGCCCUUAUUCUGA